GCACUCGUAGAGAGGCGAAUUAGGUGACUAGACGAUUAACUUUCCACCAGCAACAGCAGCAGCAGAGUACCACCAACAGCAACGUCUAUGGAUCUAUCGUCUCCCUCUCUUUCUCUCUCCGCUGUCUGAUUCUUCUUCCCCUCAUCGCCGUUUCCGCAUUCACCGGACUUGCAUUCCAACCAGGGAAGAGAUCAAGUGUAUGUUCCAAAUUCCCUAAGAUAGUCUUACCCUUGGAACAAGUUGUCAUUGUUCUGUUCUUGGCUCUCAGAUUUUCUCUCCUAUCCAGGAAAAUGGCGGGCAGUCUGAAAUCGGAGAUGUCGCAGAAGACUAUUCUAGGUCUCCAAUUAUGGGAGCUCAUCUGCAUUGGCAUUGCACUCUUCACCAUCAUCAUCUUAACAGUCACCAUCUACCUCUCUCGUAAGAAGUCUUCCUCCACCAAAAGAAUCUCGCACCCGAACCUUAACCAGCAGCAGCUUCCGCUCUCUCAAAUCCCGUCUGUGUCCAAGGAGAUCAAGGAAGUCCGAGUGGAGCAAAUCCCAACCGAUGAGUUCGUCCCUCGUGAAGGAAUCCUUCUGACAAUCCAUGACAAGUCGAGCGAAAAGGAUGCCGAUAAGGUGCUCGUCCAUCUCGGCAUGCCCAAGUCCAAGAACGGUAACGGCAACGCCAAUGGCAAUGGUGACAACAGCAGUCACUCGGGUGGUUCCUUCCACCAAUACGACAAAGACGGCGUUGUUUCCCUCUCUGGUGAUCAAGACGGCAGCUCAGCUGGCACCGGCUACAGGGCUUCCUCUGUUGCUUCACAACACUACCCGAUCACUGCUCCUUCUCCGCUCAGUGGGCUCCCUGAAUUCUCUCACUUGGGUUGGGGUCAUUGGUUUACACUCAGGGACCUUGAAUUGGCUACCAACCGCUUCUCCAAAGAGAAUAUCCUCGGCGAGGGCGGUUAUGGAGUUGUUUACCGUGGAAAUCUCAUCAAUGGCACUCCCGUUGCUGUCAAGAAGAUUCUCAACAACUUGGGCCAAGCUGAGAAGGAGUUCAGAGUUGAAGUUGAUGCGAUUGGGCAUGUCCGCCAUAAGAAUUUGGUUCGUCUUCUUGGGUAUUGCAUAGAAGGCACGCACAGGAUGUUGAUUUAUGAGUAUGUGAACAACGGAAACUUGGAACAGUGGCUUCAUGGAGCCAUGUCUCACCAUGGAUAUCUUACGUGGGAGGCCAGAAUGAAAGUUCUCCUCGGCACAGCCAAGGCGCUUGCUUAUUUGCACGAGGCCAUUGAGCCAAAAGUUGUGCAUCGUGACAUUAAAUCUAGCAACAUAUUAAUCGAUGAUGACUUCAACGCCAAGGUUUCUGAUUUUGGGUUGGCCAAGUUGCUUGGAGCUGGAAAGAGCCAUGUCACUACUCGAGUGAUGGGAACUUUCGGAUAUGUGGCUCCUGAAUAUGCCAAUAGUGGCCUUCUGAACGAAAAGAGCGACGUUUAUAGUUUUGGGGUUGUGCUCUUAGAAGCAAUCACGGGAAGAGACCCCGUGGACUACAGUCGUCCCCAACAUGAGGUAAAUCUUGUAGAUUGGCUGAAAAUGAUGGUGGGGAGCAGGAUGUCUGAAGAAGUUGUAGACCCCAACAUGGAGACAAAACCAUCAACAAGAAACCUGAAGAGAGCCCUUUUGACUGCUUUGAGAUGCGUGGAUCCAGACUCUGAGAAACGACCAAAGAUGGGGCAAGUUGUAAGAAUGCUGGAGUCCGAGGAAUAUCCUGUUCCGAGAGAGGAUAGAAGACAUCGAAGAGCCCCGGGAGGUAGUAUGGAGAUAGAAUCUCAAAAGGAGAAUUCAGAUAGCGACCGUCCAUUAGCACCGGGAGGCGAGAGCAGGAGGUCUUAACUCUUGACUGAAACAAACAACGCGAUUCAUGGAGAGACCAGCUCACACACUUGACAAAAGCUACAAGAGCUAAGAGGGUGAGAUCUGAGAUGGAAGGGGAAUGGAGGGGGUGGAAUAACUGGUUACCAAUUCGUUUAUGUUCGUAUUAUUAGAGGAUCGAUUCUUGAGUUUGGUUUAUCUCGGUAUGUGCAUAUCGGUAUUGGAUAGGUUCAUAUGGUCAUUGUUCUAGUUUCUUUUGGUUGUUACCUUCGAGUUUCAUCAGUAGGAAGAUGGAAGGGUCCAUGAUGUUUUCUUUUCAAAUUUUUUCUUUCUUCCCCAUUUUGUUCAUAUAGUGAUUUGUAAUGGAAGGAGAAAUAUAAGUGGUAAGGUGUUGGUUCUACGUUGAUAGGGAAGGUAAACAGUGUAUGUGUGUACAGUGAAGUAGCAGAUAGGAGGACACCUGAAAUUUGUGGGGAGGGUUGGUGUUUUGUAUUUUCGGCCUAUUUCUUUUGUAAAUCGUUUUUUUGUGUCAAUGAUUUCGUAUUCUGCCACAUCGUUGACCCAACUAUCAAGUCUUUUUCAACUCCUCGUUCGUGGUUUCAUUACACUCGUAAAUUUCUAGAUACGAUCUUGAAAUUACAA